AUGUUGACGAUUCUCUUUUUAAACCUCUCAUGGGCAGUCUGGUUUGUCACAGCCAUUCAAAGGAGCGACAUUUUUCCAUAUGGUGCUCUUAGCGGCGAUCUGAUUUUGCAAGAGGGAGACGAUGAAACUUCUCAAGUGAUAACUUUGACGAAACCUAUGUAUUUCUAUGAGGCGUUAUUCAGGAAAUUAUACGUGGCCACCAAUGGAAUCAUCUCGACUCAGGAUUUACCUAUGGAGAAGCAAUAUGUUGACGAUGGCUUCCCCACUGAUUUCCCUGUCAUUGCUCCUUUCCUUGCCGACAUCGACACCAGUAACGGAAGAGGAGCCAUCUACUAUCGGCUGACCGAGUCGCCCAACGUGCUGAAUCGAGUGGCAUCGGAAGUACAGAGGGGCUUCCCUGAUGCCCGUUUUACCCCAACCCAUGCUGUCAUUGCCACCUGGGAGAACGUGGCCGCCUACGAGGAGACUUCCCGCAGCUCAGGGCUAUCCAACAGGGUGAACACAUUCCAAGCGGUUGUGGCCUAUGAUGAGACGGAUACCUAUGCUCUGUUCCUGUAUCCUGAGGAUGGGCUGCAGUUUUUUGGGACACGCCCUAAAGAAUCUUACAACGUUGAGAUUGAGCUUCCUGCUCGAGUGGGUUUUAGCCGAGGAGAGGUGCCAUUCUUAAUCUUCUCACGCACUGAGGGACCAUACUACAGUAUCACAAGGACUGAGCAGUCGGUGAAGAACCUCUAUCAGAUGGGGAACACAGGAAUACCUGGGGUUUGGCUGUUUCAUAUUGGAAACAGAUACUCUUUCGAUAAUGUCAUCCCUGCAGCAGUGGGAGGUUUGUUGGCCACUGUGGCACCUAGAGGUCUGGUGGGUGAUUUCAGCACCACGCCCGAGUACCCUGAGCUGUACCCCGAGGGAGACGAAGUCUUCAAUGAAGAUGAAUUUCUAACAGGCGAUCCGGAUUUCCAGACACAAACCAUCCCAAAGUUCCUAGUGCCUGAGCGUGACUCGGGUCACAAAGUCCAGCCCGGGCAAUCUCAGCCUCAGCCAUAUGAUGGGGACCAACCUCUCGCCUCAAAUCCAAACCCUCAAGACACAGCUCUUGGCCGGUCUGGUCCCAGAGAGUAUCCCUUGCAAGAGAACCACAAUUUCCCUCCAGAAGACGUGGGCCAUCCACAGCGUCCAUUGCCCGAACAGGCUGUGCUGGAGGUAUACCCUAACAGGGAGGAGGGUAGCCCUCCUCACGCACCAGAUGGCGAGGUGGUUAGCAUAGACGAGGAAACAGACUUUGACUCAGGAGUGAUCCAGUAUUCCACUGAUAACAAAGAGACAUGCGCACGUUUUCAACAGCAGUGUUCUCAGAAUGGAUACUGCACCGACUACACCACAGGCUUCUGCUGCCACUGUCGCUCCGGUUUCUAUGGCAAUGGACGCCACUGCCUGCCAAACGGUGUCCCACAUCGUGUGAAUGGGAAGGUGAGUGGAGUGGUAUCUGUGGGGUCCACUCCCGUGGAGCUGAACAACAUUGACCUGCAUGCCUACAUCGUGGUUGGUGACGGACGGGCAUACACCGCUAUGAGUCAGGUCCCAGAGCCUGUAGGCUGGGCACUUAUGCCUGUUGCUCCCAUUGGUGGAUUAUUUGGCUGGCUCUUUGCUCUGGAACUGCCAAACAGCCAAAAUGGCUUCCGCAUUGCAGGUGCGGAGUUUACUCGCUAUGCUGAUGUGACAUUUUACCCUGGCAACCAACGCCUCAGCAUCGUCCAAACAGCCAAGGGUUUAGACUCUGAAAACUACCUCAGUGUGGACACUCAUAUUCACGGCAGUGUGCCCUUCAUGCCUCCUGGUGCCACGGUACAGCUGGAGCCAUUUAAGGAGACCUACCAAUACUACCCCACAGUCAUCACCUCCACGUCGGUACGUGAAUUCACGGUCGUGUCUGCAGAGAGCGGAGCCGAGACCUUCACUUUCCAGCUCAGACAGAACAUCACUUACAGAGACUGCAGACACGGGCCUCGCACUGGACUGGAGACCCAGCAGCUUUCUGUAGAGCGUGUUUUCGUCAUGUACAUCAAGGAGGAGAGCCUCCUUAGAUACGCCAUCACGAACAAAAUCAGCCCAGUCGGAGCUGAGAACCCAGAUCCAGAGCGUAUGAACCCCUGUUAUUCUGGAACCCAUGACUGUGACACUACUGCCCAGUGCCUGCCCGGAGAGGGGCUGCAGUUCCAGUGCCAGUGUGCCACAGGAUACAGGGGAGAUGGCCACAACUGCUAUGAUGUGGACGAAUGUGCAGAGGGCCUCAGUUUGUGCGGAGCUCACUCUGAGUGUGUGAACCUGCCAGGCAACCACCGCUGCCAGUGCCAGAGUGGAUAUGAGUUUGGAUUUGAUGGGCGUACCUGCGUAGAUAUCGAUGAGUGUCGACGUCAACCCUGCCACACCCAAGCCUCCUGCUCUAACACACUUGGCUCUUUCCAGUGCCAGUGUCAGGCAGGUUUCCAAGGAGAUGGUUUCCAAUGUGAACCUCAAACAAUGCAACCAGAGCGUCCAAAGACCCCGUGCGAACAACACAGAGACAGUCUACAGGGUGGAUCGGGAGUGCGACCUCUCAUCGGGGCCUUCAUCCCUCAGUGUGAUGAGGAGGGUCAGUACAGACCUCUGCAGUGUCAUGGUUCCACAGGACAUUGCUGGUGUGUGGACAGUAGGGGGCAGGAAAGAGUGGGCACCAGAACACCACCCGGCACACCUCCUACGAACUGUGAUGAACCAGAUUACCUGGUUCAUACCAUAGCUAUGACUGAUGCUGUGAUCUCUCUCUUCACAGUGGUGCCUCCUCGCCCGAAGACCCAGUGCGAACAACACAGAGACAGUCUACAGGGUGGAUCGGGAGGGCAACCUCUCAUCGGGGCUUUCAUCCCUCAGUGUGAUGAGGAGGGUCAAUACAGACCUCUGCAGUGUCAUGGUUCCACAGGACAUUGUUGGUGUGUGGACAGUAGGGGGCAGGAAAGAGAGGGUACCAGAACACCACCUGGCACACCUCCUACGAACUGUGACGAACCAGUUCCCCCGCCACAGCGACCAGACACGGUGUGUGAGCGCUGGAGAGCCAGUCUGAUAGAGCACUACGGAGGAGAGCCGGGCCCCCAGAACUACCUGCCUCAGUGUGAUUCGUCGGGAGAGUUUAACCCGCUGCAGUGCUAUGGAGACAGCAGUUACUGCUGGUGUGUGGACAAAGAUGGACGGGAAGUGCCAGGAACUAGAUCUCAUGAUGUUGUCAAGCCCGCCUGUACACCGACAGUAGCUCCUCCCACCAUACGCCCAAUACCCCGCCCAGAUGUAACCCCGCCUCCUUUUGAUACCUCACUGCUCUAUGCUCAAGGCCAGCAGAUUGGGGCGUUGCCUCUUAAAGGGACACGAAUGGAUAAAGAAGAGUCCUCUGUUCUUUUAGCCCUGCAUGGCUCCAUAGUGGUUGGCAUUGACUAUGACUGCAGGGAAAGGAAAGUAUAUUGGACCGAUCUUGCUGGAAGGACCAUUAACAGAGCCAGCAUGGAGGCAGGAUCGGAGCCUGAGAUUCUCAUAAACACAGGACUGACCAGUCCAGAGGGCCUUGCCGUGGAUGUGGCACGCAGGAGACUGUUCUGGGUGGACAGCACUCCAGAUAAGAUCGAAACAGCCAACCUGGAUGGCAGCAACAGACGAGUCCUGUUUGACACGGAUCUGGUGAACCCGCGAGCCAUCAUCGUGGACUCUCCCUCAGGAACCCUUUUCUGGACUGACUGGAACAGGGAUGCCCCAAAAAUAGAGAGUUCCACUGUGGAUGGCCUCAACAGGAGAGUGCUGGUCCGUGACGGCAUCGGACUUCCCAACGCUUUGACCUAUGACUCCACCGCUCGUAAGGUCUGCUGGGCUGAUGCAGGAACCAAACAUCUGGAAUGUAUUGCACCGGACGGCACUGGGAGACGCGUGAUCCGCAGUAACUUAAACUACCCCUUCAGUAUGGUCUUCUAUGCCAAUCAUUACUACUACACAGACUGGAGGAGAGACGGGGUCAUCGCCAUCAGUCGAGAUGCCAGUGAGCUUACGGAUGAGUACUUACCUGAUCAGAGGUCGCAUUUGUAUGGCAUUACUGUGGCAUCCCCCCAGUGCCUAUAAGGGACGCAGUAAUGACAGAGGUAUACAUACAUGGUGCUAUUUUGGAGGAG